AUGUCGAGAAUAAACAUGAUCGUUAUGGGCCUUCCUGUAGAAAUACAAAACCAACUUGAUAAAGAAGAAAUAACGACCAUUGAGAAACUGUUCAAAGAACUAACAAAAAUUGAUGAAUGCGUUUCUAACAUCAAGCCGAAAUAUGACAAUAAAUUUUUAAGUAAUGAAAUACCAUACAAUACGGAUGUCAAGACAAAGCAACUUUAUCAACACAAACAGAGAUAUGAAAAUGUAUACAAAGAAAUUUUGGUACCAAAAUACAAAGUAGAAGCAAAGACAAAUAAUACUCUAAAUAAAAAAAAUCAAAGAUAUGAAAAUAACACUCUAAAUAAAGAAAAUAUUAGAUCAAAUUUUAUCAGGUCAGAGAAGAAAGAGAUAAGAUGA